AUGAAAAAGCAUGGAAGGGAUAAAACAGAAGGAAAAGAUGGUUUGGAUGGAGUAGAUGAAAUGGAUGGGAUAGAUAGUAAAAAUAUUCAAUUCAUUAAAAAAGUACUUCAUGCGAAUAAUAGAAAUUUACAUGCAUGGAUGCACAUCUCAGAGUUAUAUAAUUAUUCUGACAGAAUAAUUGAAAAUGAAAUAUCUAAGUGCAUAUCUAACUACAGUGCGUAUUUUGCAACUAUACAGAAUAAUACGUAUAUGAACAUAGAACACGAUGAUUUAAAAAACAUUGUAUACACAGACCCAGAAAUAUCCUCACCAUGGGUGUUUAUAAGAAUGGUCGAGGUGUGUAAAAGGUUUAAUAGGAUGAAUUCUUAUGUAAUAGCAUUUGACGAUAGAAUAGAAAUAAUCUUAAAAACCCCAUGUAAGACUAAAGUGUAUUUAGAGUAUGGGGGUAAAGUCGUGGAAUACUCUGUGGACUUAAAAAAGGUUUUCCCUAUUUAUUUCUCAGAGAAUGGAUUUGGUUUUAAUGAUAUUACUUCCUUUGUUAUUAAAACAAAGAACUAUCCAAGUAUAAAAAUAGAUGUAAAGAAGCCGUAUAAUCCGGAUACUCCCAAGUUUAUUGAUGAAUUUAUUAGUAAGCACUCAAAUGUGAAUAGUCUUGUGACAAAACUGUACUUUGUAUUUGAUGAGUCCGAGAGGAGUAAAAUAGUUAGUAAAAUACUAGGAAUAGACCCGAAUAAGCAGCAAAUGUAUUUAGAAAUGAAAAGGGGGUUUACUGUAUAUAGUGGGAUUGAAAUGUAA